AUGCCACCUGAAGGUCAUCCCGGUAUUGUCUCUGGUGCCUCGACUCAAUCCUCCGACGUCCUGCCUGACUUGGGACACGUCCUGCAAUACCUGGACCCAGCGACGUCCAAGGCGACGACCACCACGGCCACGACGAAUUCGGGCAUGGCGGCGACCACUGGCUUCACACCAGAUCGAGCACCGCCGCCUUUACCAAAUGAUAGGGAGCCCGUGGACCGACUCCCUCUGCCGGAUCAGCCCCAGUCAUCCGAUGAUAGCUCGACGUUCCCCAGAGCGCAGCCACUUCGAUAUUCUCCGCAGCCAUUUGGACAUUCUCCAUCGCAGAGAAGAGAACGAAAGCCGAGCAACGCCUCGGCAAUGGACGGGGGACAUUUCCCACGCAUGGACUUUGACUUCAACGACCGUGACCGUGAUGACCCUCCGCCUCCGCAACGCAAUCCGUCCCGUCAGGGCGGCGCGAUGAUGAGAUGGGGACCGCCUCCUACCCCCAGCGACUACGGCUACGACGACGACCGUCCGUACUAUCCUCGCCCUCCCUGGGACUACGGACGCCCGGUCCCACCGAAGGACUGGUGGUCCGAAGACCCUUACUACAAUCGUCCCUACCGUCGGCCCUCCACCAUUCGCGAAUCGGUGGAAUGGCGGGGAUCAAAUCACGGAGGCAGAGGUCCGCCGCGCCCGCCUCGCGGUGGGAGAUACCGUGGCAUGUCCGAGGAGCCCUCAGACGACGGCGGCGAGAGCGAUGAGCAGCCGCUGCGCAGGAAACCGCAAAAGAAGGCGGCAGCAACAAGCGCCAAGAAUUCGAGCCCGCCGCCGGAGAUCGUAUAUCGAUUGCCGUUCACGACGUGGAUGAAUCGAUCUGCCAAAGGCCGUAUGUGAUUCCCCUCAUUCUCCCCGGGGCUGGUAUGCGUGCGUACUGAUAUCUUCUUAGAUUUCGUCGCGUUAAUUGGCGAAUUCAUGGGCACGACGAUGUUCCUGUUCUUCGCAUUCGCUGGCACCCAAGUUGCUAAUGUAGGUGCCGGCAACAAGGCCAAUCAGUCCACCACCAAUGCGAGCACCGGAUUCAGUCCCAUCGUAUUGCUGUACAUCUCCCUCUCCUUCGGAUUCAGCUUAAUGAUCAAUGUCUGGAUUUUCUUCCGAAUUUCGGGAGGCCUGUAAGUCCACGUACCCAUUGAACGUGUGUUCAAUCUUACCCUGCUAACGAAUGACAGGUUUAAUCCUGCCGUAACGCUCUCCAUGGUGAUGGUCAAAGCCAUCUCGGUCGUCAGAGGAUUACUGCUUAUUGGCGCUCAACUCGUCGGAGCGGUCUUCAGUUCUUACGUGGUGUCUGUACUCUUCCCGACCACUUUCAACGUCCGAACGACCCUCUCCAAGGAUACGUCCGUCGCGCGGGGUGUGUUUGUAAGUCAAGCCCAUUCCACUCACAAAGUCCUCACCCAUUGACCACUUGUUGGACAGAUCGAAGCCGUCCUGACAGGCGAGCUCGUCUUCACCAUCUACAUGCUUGCGAACGAAAAGCACAAAGCCACCUUCAUGGCUCCCAUCGGUGUCGGCCUGGCCCUCUUCGUGGCGGAAAUGGUUGGCGUGUACUACACCGGCGGUAGUCUGAAUCCCGCGAGAUCCUUCGGGCCCUGCGUGGUCUCGGGAGUCUGGGAUCCUGAGCAUUGGAUCUACUGUGAGUAGCAGCUUACGCGCCCCUGCGCUGCGUCUCCUUGACCAUAGAUAGCUGACGUGGUGACGUUAAGGGGUCGGACCCGCCGUCGGCGCAGUCCUUGCUUGGGCAUUCUAUCGGUUCAUCAAGGUAAGCAGUGACGACCCCAAGGAAACCCCUCUGCCUCGCCACGCAACAUGCUGAUCUUCCUUUUCCGUGUCCUACAGAUUCUGGAAUACGAAAUGGCCAACCCGGGUCAGGAAUCGAGCAGUGAGGAGGAGGCUGCGGCCGAGGCGGCCGAUGUCACCCCCAAGAAGGCGGAAAAGGCUAGCUCCGAGGACAUUGUGUGA